UCGCCAUCUCAGGCUGGAUUGCUCAGUCUGUUCUGUUCUGUUGUCAGUGUGUGCGACUGUAUCAGCCUUAAUGUCUGAGGACGUUUGCUAUUCCACUGUGACUUUUUCCAAAAGCCCCAGUCGCGGUACACACGUGAAACAGGAUGAGGUGACCUAUGCAGAGGUGAAGACUGCAAGAGCUCCAUCAGCCCAGACAGCACCUCCUCCUGGAGCACCAGUGAAAGCUCAGCUCAGCCCUACUCCCUACAGACUGGCUGCAGUGUGUCUGGGGCUGCUGUGUGCUGUCUUACUGAUUGCCAUUAUAGCCCUAAGCAUCUACUACAAUGGCAGUUCUCAGAAGUUGACAAAGGAGCUGGUUCAACUGAGAGAGAACUACAGCAACCUGACUACUGCCAAAAACAAGUUGCAGGUGGACUUCAGAAACCUGUUUACAGGCUACAGCAAUCUGACGGAAUCCAAUGACUACCUGACUACAGUCAAUCACAGGUUGCAGGUGGACAUCAGGAAUCUGACUACAAGCUACAGCAACCUGACUGUAAUGAAGGACAAUUUGCAGAAAGAAAGAGACAACCUUGAGUAUAUGAUCAUAAGGCUGAAUGAAGAGUGUCGAUUUUGCCCUCAAGGCUGGGAGCUCUUCAACUCCAAGUGUUACUUCUUCUCUACUGAUGAACUGAGUUGGACUGAGAGUCGCACUGCAUGCAGGAAGCUGCAUCUGGGAGCUGAUCUGGUGAUUAUAAACAGCAGAGAGGAACAGGUGUUCAUCUACAAGCACACUCAAGGACGUGAACACUGGCUGGGAAUCAGUGAUGCAGCUGCAGAGAAGACCUGGAUCUGGGUGGACAACACUCGACUGACUGAAGGGUACUGGGCAAGCAGUCAACCCGAUAAUUUUUUUAACGAGGACUGUGGAGCUACUAGUGCACGUAGUGGUACACUAAAUAACUGGAAUGACGUGAAAUGUGCCAAGAAAAUGCUCUGGAUCUGUGAAGGCAGCUCCCUGCCCCUGUCUCCUUAGACUCUCCACUGUGUGCAGCUUCCCAUGGUGACGACUACAGCUGAGUGACCUGUCUGUGUCACUGACACACCUGCCCUGACACCCACACUCCCUCAUCAAGGCUAAUGACACUGCUUUUGUACACAUAAAGGAAACCACAUUAUGAAUAUCAUCCUCAUUAUGAAACAUUCAUACUG